AACCAGCGGUAAGGGUAACAUAAUUUAUUAAUUUUCCCGGGUUGCUCCUGCUUCUGCUCUUCUGCACUGAAACUCAAAUCUGACCUUUUCUUCUUUAAUCUCCGCCCGUCGUCUUGUUAUCGCGCCACCGUGCCCUCUGGAAGAAACCACUUUAAACCUUCAUAGAUUAUCCUUCCACUCUGCCGGAACCCUAGCACUGAUUUUCACGUUUCCAGUUCCAUUAAAUUGAUGCAAACAUGAGUUCAUUUUCCAUCACUCGGAAGAAGACUCCUUUCCAGAAACACAGGGAGGAGGAAGAGGCAAAGAAGAAGAGAGAGGAGGAUGAAACUGCUCGAUUGUAUGCGGAAUUUGUGGAGUCAUUUCAAGGAGAUAAUGCACCUGGGUCUAAGACUUUUGUUCGUGGAGGAACUAUCAACCCCAACGAGAAGUUGAAGAGUGAAUCUGAGGGUGAAAAGUCCAAAGAUGGGGUAUCUGUUCCAAAGAAGGGAAGUAGAUAUGUGCCAUCUUUCAUUCCACCUCCAUUGGCAUCCAAGGGAAAAGAAUCUGACAAGAAGGAGCUGGAAAAGCCAAAGGAGAAAGAAAAGGGGAAGUCUAGGAACAUCGAUCAUUUUAUGGAGGAGCUGAAGCAUGAGCAAGAGCUGAGGGAAAGACGAAAUCAAGAUCGUGAACAUUGGCGGGAGGGACGCCAUGGAGAAAUCUCAACACCAUCUAGUCGAUUUGAUGAACUGCCUGAUGACUUUGAUCCUAGUGGAAAGUUCCCUGGAUCAUUUGAUGAUGGAGAUCCUCAAACGACUAACCUUUAUGUAGGAAAUUUAUCUCCACAGGUUGAUGAGAAUUUUCUUCUUCGAACUUUUGGAAGAUUUGGACCAAUUGCUAGUGUAAAGAUAAUGUGGCCAAGGACAGAGGAGGAACGAAGACGACAAAGAAAUUGUGGAUUUGUAGCUUUCAUGAAUAGAGCUGAUGGCCAAGCUGCAAAGGAUGAAAUGCAGGGAGUUGUUGUUUAUGGAUAUGAACUGAAAAUUGGAUGGGGAAAGUCUGUUGCUCUUCCAUCCCAAGCAUUACCUGCACCUCCUCCAGGUCAUAUGGCCAUUAGAAGUAAGGAGGGUGGGACUGUUAUCUUAUCUGGCUCAUCAGGACCGCCAGUCACUUCUGUCCCAAAUCAAAAUUCUGAACUGGUUCUGACACCCAACAUUCCUGAUAUUACCGUUGAACCACCUGAGGAUGAUCAUCUCCACCAUGUCAUUGACACUAUGGCUCUUUAUGUUCUGGAUGGAGGUUGUGUCUUUGAACAAGCUAUUAUGGAGAGGGGUCGGGGAAAUCCUCUCUUCAACUUCUUGUUUGAGCUUGGUUCAAAAGAACAUACUUAUUAUGUUUGGCGACUUUAUUCAUUUGCUCAGGGGGAUACUCUUCAAAGGUGGAGAACUGAACCUUUUAUCAUGAUAACUGGUAGUGGGAGAUGGGUUCCACCGCCUCUUCCAACUGCUAAAAGCCCAGAGCUUGAAAAGGAGUCUGGUCCCACUUAUGCUGCUGGAAGAAGCAGACGCGUGGAGCUUGAAAGAACAUUAACUGAUUCGCAAAGGGAUGAGUUUGAGGACAUGCUUCGGGCAUUGACACUAGAAAGGAGUCAGAUAAAGGAAGCAAUGGGGUUUGCAUUGGAUAAUGCUGAUGCAGCUGGAGAGAUAGUUGAAGUUCUAACAGAAUCUUUAACGCUUAGAGAAACUCCUAUUCCAACCAAGGUUGCAAGGUUGAUGCUUGUGUCUGAUAUCCUUCAUAACAGUAGUGCUCCUGUAAAGAAUGCAUCUGCAUACCGCACGAAAUUUGAAGCAACAUUACCUGACAUCAUUGAGAGCUUCAAUGAUCUAUAUCGCAGCAUAACAGGGAGAAUUACGGCAGAGGCCCUCAAGGAACGAGUACUGAAAUUAUUGCAAGUUUGGUCCGAUUGGUUUCUAUUCUCAGAUGCUUAUGUGAAUGGAUUGCGAGCCACGUUCCUUCGGUUGGGAAACUCUGGUGUGAUCCCUUUUCAUUCAUUAUGUGGUGAUGCCCCUGAGAUUGAACGGAAGGCCAAUUGUGAUGAUUUAGGAGAUGGGAGUAAAAUCAAUCAAGAUGCUGAAUUGGCAAUGGGCAAAGGAGGAGCCAUGAAGGAGUUGAUGAAUCUUCCCUUUGGAGAAUUGGAAAGAAGAUGCAGGCAUAAUGGGUUGUCUCUUGUUGGUGGUAGAGAAAUGAUGGUUGCUCGUUUGCUAAGUCUUGAAGAGGCAGAAAAACAGAGUGGAUAUGAACUUGAUGAAGACUUAAAAUAUAGUAAUUCUCAUUCUGGAAGAUAUUCAAGUAGCUCAAGAGAGACUAAAGCUGAACGAGAUCCAGCAGAAAUUUCUGGUUGGAACCGUUUUGGGGAUAACGAGGCAGAUUUCCAAAGAAUGGGUUCUGUGCCUAUGGCUCAAACUCUUUCCAUUCCACAACCUGAACUAAAAGGCUUCACUAAGUCUGGGAAGAAUGAUCCUGUUUUGCCUGCCUCUAAAUGGGCUAGGGAGGAUGAUGAAAGUGACAAUGAGCAAAAAGGAGGUGCUAGGGGUCUCGGUUUGAGUUAUUCAUCUUCUGGAAGUGAAAAUGCAGGUGAUGGUCCUAGUAAAGCUGAUGAGAUGGAGAUUACUACGGAGGCAAGUGUCCUCAUGCAACCUGAUAGUGGGUUGAAUGAAGAGCAGAGACAAAAGUUAAGACGUGUAGAAGUGGCUUUGAUUGAAUAUCGUGAGUCCUUGGAAGAACGGGGCAUCAAAAGUGCAGAGGAAAUUGAGAGAAAAGUUUUGAUAUAUCGGAAACAACUAGAAUCUGAAUACGGACUGACAGAUUCCAAUGAGACUGCAUCAAGGAAGAAGAGGAGGGAUAGACCCGAUGAUAGCCAUGAUUCAUCAAGGAAGCUGCACCGUAGCCAGAGCCAUAGUGAUAGCCCAGUACGAAAGUUAUUGAAUCGAGACAGAGACAGGGAAAAUGACAUGGACAGGGAGCGAGACAGAUCACGAGACAGAGACCGCGAAAAGAGUGGUAGCAGAGAAAGGGAUGAUCACGAACGAGAUAGAGGUAAAGAAAGAGAUAGGGAUAGGAGAAAACGAGGAAAAUAAGAAUUCUUUCGAUCAGAUUCUGCCAAGCAAAGUGUUCUCGCAAUGAAGGGAUGUGAGAGUUUUAGCCAGGUCGAGUGUCAGAGAAAAACGUAUCUAAUUUUGUUGCCAGUUGAUGUUUUAAGAAAAACAAGGUAUGAAUGUUGUGGAGAGAAAGGGAAAUGUUGUGUAUGGUAAAGAUGUUAAUUGAUAGGAAGUUAAUGUGUUCCCCAUUGAAAUGAAAAUUCCCAUGAUCAUGUUUGUACUAAAUAUGUUACAUUUAUAUCAGAACAUUUUCUUUACCAUUCCCCCAUAUCCCCACUUGAAGAGCCGUUUGGUAUAAAAGUUCUAAAUUUCCUUCA